GCUAGAGGGCAGCAGUGACGGCACUUCCAGGGAGCCUGGAAUGACAGUGGGCAGAGACAGAGGAGGAUCUCAGUCCAAAGCCUGGUGGAGGGGGAAGGCAGACAAAACCUCAUGCCGCCGUGGUUUAGUAGCAGGAAUUAAAAAGGAAACGCUGACGUCCUGAGCUGCGCGUCGGUUCUGGAACACGAGGAUUAGAAGAACACGAGAAAAUGCGUCGUUCCUGGAUCUGGCUUGUUUUGGCGGCGGUGCAGAGUGUUCUGAGUGCAGAGGCUGAGCAGUCGCUGCCAGGCCAGGCGGGGUCACUGCCGUGCACACGAGGGUUUACACAGGAGGAAUACUUCAUCCAAACUGACCCAGAGUUGAAAAAGGGACAGGCUGUCUUCAACAUGAGCUUUGUGGACUGUGGUGGAGGAAAAGUUCGCUUCACGGUCGGAGAUUCCUCUGAGUUCACGGUGACUAAAGAUGGCGUCGUCUACGCCCAGCGGUGCCUUAACCUGGAGGGACGAGCGGACGCCCUGCUGCUGGUCGUCUACGCUCAGGACGUGCAGACCAAACAGAUGUGGAAGACCAGGGUGCACUUCCGCCAACGGCCACAGGGCAGCAGUGCAACACCUGAACAGGUGAAGCCCGCCGAUGGUACACUGAUUCGGCAGGUACCAGAGAUCUCGUUUCCAUGGCACAGCGUCGUCGUCAGGGGCGACGGCUCAGUCAGGCGAGUGAAGAGGGACUGGGUCAUUCCACCUGUCAACAUUGCCGAGAAUUCACGAGCAAAGUUCCCCGAGGAGCUAGUCAGGAUCCGCUCAGACCGGGACAAGAACCGGAUGCUGCGUUACAGUGUGACGGGCCCCGGGGCCGACCAGCCUCCAACUGGCAUCUUUACCAUCAACCCGAUCUCAGGGCAGCUGUCGGUCACCAAGCCUCUGGACAGAGAGCACAUCUCUGUCUUCCAUCUCAGAGCUCAUGCCGUGGACCUGAACGGUAACCAGGUUGAGAAUCCAAUCGACAUCGUCGUCAACGUCAUCGACCAGAACGACAACAGACCAGAGUUUUCCUACACCAUCUUUAACGGCUCUGUCCCUGAGGGAUCCAAGCCUGGAACCUUCGUGAUGACAGUGACAGCCGUGGACAAAGAUGACCCCAAAACAGCCAAUGGGAUGCUGCGGUACAAGAUUCUCUCCCAGAAUCCUCAGAGUCCCUCCUCCAACAUGUUCACCAUCAACAACAGAACCGGUGACAUCAUCACCGUGGCAGCCGGCCUGGACCGAGAGAAAGUCAACCAGUACACUCUGAUCAUCCAGGCCACAGAUAUGGAGGGAAACCCCACCUACGGCCUGUCGAACACCGCCACCACGGUCAUCAGGAUCAGUGAUGUCAACGACAACCCCCCUGAGUUCACUACAGAUACAUUCUUUGGGGAAGUUCACGAGAACCGUGUGAACGUCAUCGUUUCCAACCUGACCGUGACGGACAAAGACCAGCCUCACACUCCGGCCUGGAGCGCCGUGUACCGCAUCAUCGCCGGGGACCCCAAUGGGCGUUUCUCCAUUCCUACUGACCCCACCACCAACGAGGGUCUGCUCACAGUGGUCAAGCCCAUCGAUUUCGAGAUGACCCGCUCCUUUAUGCUGACAGUGGAGGCGGAGAACGAGGUGCCCCUGGCCCGGGGCAUCCACCUGCCCCGCAUGUCCACGGCCACGGUCUCUGUUCGCAUCCUGGACAUCAACGAGGCUCCGGAAUUCAACCCCAACCCCAAGUCCAUCAAACUGGAGGAGGGUCUUUCGGCCAAGUCCUUGCUCACCACCUUCACAGCACAAGAUCCUGAUCGUUUCAUGAGGCAGACCAUCAGGUACUCUAAGAUGUUCGACCCUGCCCGCUGGCUGGAGAUCGACCCGUUAAGUGGUCAGAUUUCCACCAUCGCCAUCCUGGACCGAGAGUCUCCGUACGUCAAGAACAACAUUUACAACGUUACCUUCAUGGCGUCUGACAAUGGUGUCCCACCAGCCAGCGGGACGGGGACCCUUCAGAUAAUGCUGCUGGACAUUAAUGACAACGCCCCUCGUGUUUCUCCCCCGGAGGUGGAAAUGUGUGAGAAGCCACACCCUAAUGGCAUCAACAUCACAGCCAGUGACCCCGACCUGCCCCACAACGCCGGACCCUUCGUCUUCGAGCUCGCCUCCCGUCCAUUGGACAUACGCCGCAACUGGACACUCAAUCGCUUCAAUGGUGAAUAUGCCCAGCUCCGGCUGCGGAUCGGCUCCCUGGCCAGUGGGAUCUACAAGAUUCCCAUCACAAUCACAGACUCUGGAAACCUGCCCAUGUCCAACCUGUCCUACCUGGAGGUGAAGGUCUGUCAGUGUGACCACCACGGAGACUGUGUGAGCAUGGAGGGACUGGUUGUUCCUGGACUGGGCACUGGAGCCAUCAUUGCUAUUCUCAUCUGCAUCAUCAUACUGUUGGUUCUGGUGCUGAUGUUUGUGAUGUGGAUGAAGAGGAGAGAUAAGGAGCGUCAGGCCAAACAGCUGCUCAUUGACCCAGAGGACGACGUGAGAGACAACAUCCUCAAAUAUGACGAGGAGGGAGGAGGAGAAGAGGACCAGGACUACGACCUGAGCCAACUGCAGCAGCCUGAUGCCCUGGAGCCAGAGUGCAUCAAAGUGGGAAUCAGACGCCUGGAUGAGAGACCCCUCCAUCACGACCACCAGUACCCCCUCCGCUCCGGUGCACCCCAUCCUGGAGACAUUGGUGAUUUCAUUCAUGAGGGCCUGCAGGCGGCAGACAACGACCCCACUGCUCCUCCCUACGACUCCCUGCUGGUUUUCGACUACGAGGGCAGCGGCUCCACUGCUGGUUCUCUCAGUUCCCUGCACUCGUCCUCCAGCUACGGAGACCAGGACUACGACUACCUCGGCGACUGGGGGCCUCGGUUCCGGAAGCUAGCUGAUCUUUAUGGAGGAGGGGAUGAUUAGGUCCUGAAAGUAGCCUCCCCUCACCCUGUGCUCUGCGGCUGAGGCGUGAGUGGGGGUGUUUGGGGAAGUUAAAGGGUAAACACAAGGGGGUUUUGGGAUCGGCACUUCUGUAUUACCACAGGACAGCUUGUAAAGUGACUCGCUGCCUCUUAAGGACAGAUGAUUACACUGGGGACCAUGUUGACUCCUGGCCUAUCAGGGCCUGACAGCGGGGAGCUUGGAUGCUCGUUAUCAUCUGAGCGUUAGCUUUUGAGCUAACAAAUGUGAGCAGCCUGGAGGGAGCGCUGGGAGGGGAAUGUUUUUUCUCUGUGAUGAUUACAAGCUUUGACAGCCAUGACAGACAGACGCUCAUUUCCACUUGAAUCUCACAGAGCAGGAGCACCGCGGUCAAACGUGCCUUUUUGUACAUUCUUUUGAUUGUGUUCCGUCUCCAUUUCUGUACAUUGCUUUAAAGCUCCUGCUGUUUUUCACGACGGCCCCUCCAGGAGCGUUUGGCCAUGUAACAAGUGCAUGUGUGUGUUUUUGGGUUUCACUGCGUUACGUGUGUUUGUGUGUGUGUGUGUGUGUGUGUGUGUGUAAGAGAGAAAGAGAAAAUGUAAGAAUCAUUAUCACUGAAAACACACUGGAUGGACACUGGUCUGAAGGGCAAAGCCAACUAUAAGAUUUGGGUCAAAUUACUGCAAAAAAAAAAAAAAAAAAUGAAACAAACAAAAAUAUUUAACACAUUUUUGUGAUCAGCUCUGGGUCUAAUACGUCUUGUUUUUCCAUCACACAGAGACAGAGAACGAGUUAAUGUAUAAUCCAUCAUAAAUGAUAAGUAAACAAAUUUGGAUUUGAAGUAAUCAAUACUCCAUUUACUUCAGAGUAUAAUUCAGGUGUCUAGAGGAGGGGAGUAGGGGAGGGGAGGAGCAGCAGGCUGUCAGCUGAGUCAACAGCUGUGAUUGUACUUCAUGUCACACGAGGAUGAAGUGAAGAAAACGAUCAGUCUCAGCAACAAUAACUCAGCUCCACCUCGGGCUCUUCUUCACUGUUUUAAAUCUGGAGCUGCUGUAAUCUCUGUGAUACCAGUCCAAUCAUGUUCCAGUCAGUUCUCCAGCUCUGAGUCCUGAUCGGGUCUUUAUCUGAAUCUCGGAGGCAUUGACACGUUCUAAGACCUGAUCCCACCCCUGUACUCAUGGUCAGAUUAUAACAGCUGCACAGAACACGUUUGACUGUGAGUAGAUGAACCCAGCAGUGCAGUGAGGUUCAGUGGUGAAGUGGUGCAAACAUCGAAACUUCAAAUGUCAAAGAAUCACAUAAAAGGGGCGGAGUCUAAAAGGACAUGAUGUGGACACAGAUGCUAACAACAACUUUCUCUGCCUCUCAUGUUUCUUCUGACGUUUCCACAUGGGAUUUCAUUUAAAUGUUUCUACCCCAUUUACCCCUCCAGCAGGGGUCAAUAUUGAGGCAGGUGAUGCCUGAGCAACCAUUGGCAUAUGUGCACUUUGCUACUUAGAUUCCUUGUUUGCAAAUUAGCAAAAAAAAAAACAAAAAAACAGAGACAACCUUGAGUCUGGAGCCAAAGUCGAAACACAACAUUUCAAAGUUAGUUUUCAGUAAAAUAGAAACGGGGCUGUUCCCUGUCUUUGGUUCGUGUAUUGAACAAAUAGUUAGUUAUAAUCAUGAAGUAUAGUUUGGGACAAAAUAUCACGAUUCUGCUUCUGCAAAGAGUUUUCUGUGUGUGUUUUGGCGGCGGACGGUUCAUCUGGUAAUACCUCUAAAACCCCUAGUAUGCCAUUGUUCGAUUCCCAGUCGUACGGGAUCAGGUUUAUUGUUUACUCCUGAUUGAUCGAUGGUGUGAAUGUGUGUGUGAAUGGGAGUUCACCCACCCAGAAGGUAAGGCCACAUAUUUUACCAGUUCCAUUUCAGUCAGUGGAGUUUCAAAAAAAAAAGUUGUAAAAUUGAAAAUCUCACUAAGUUAAAAAAAAAAAAAACAACGCAGUAAAGAUAAGAUUUCUCUGUGUGACUGGACAAAAUGAUUAUUAACACGGACACUGCAGCAGUUACUCAGCUUUAUCACUGUGACUCAAUCUGGGGUCACGACCCAUCAUUUGAGUAACUCCAUUUCACACAGACGCUGCCAUGAUGGAUCCCACUUUAAUGAAGUUUAAUAAGAGACUGCAGUGAAACAGUGGACUGGUGUUAAUGUGUCUGUGUCUGUGUUUAACCGAGCCAAUAUCACAAAACGCUUUCAUUUCCUCUCUGCUUUUAAACGUUCUCCCAACUCCAAUCACAUCCCAUCAGGCAGCGCUGCCGUAUAUCGUCAGGGACGUUCGACGCUGUGAUGAAUUCAAAUAACUUCCCUGAAUCACGGAGGAAAUGUUAUUUCCAGCACAGUUGGAAUGUUCCGUCGCUUCGUCCUUGUUGCGCAUUCAUUAAUGGAAAGUAGUUCAGCUUGUUCGCCGAGUGACAAAUUACGGAAGGCGAGUGGUUGUAAGCACCACAAUAAAACCCAACUUCCAUUUGUGUUGGUGCAGAUGAAAAGAGAAACAUUGAGUUUAAGCAGCGACGUUGAAAAAAGGUCGACGCCACAGAGGAGGUAAUCAACCCCUCCCCCACCACAACUGUUGCAUGUGUGGAACCGAUUCAAACCAAUUCCUGAGGUGAAGGAAAUGAAACGAGUAAUUAAAGAUUCAUAAAUUAUGAGUGAUCGCUGUUGUCGGCUGCAGAUUGUGUUUACAGAUGCGUAUGUAUAUUUGAUGAGCGGAGAACAGAGACGGAAUAGAGAGUGACUGGACAACGGCCAGCGUUGGCAGCCACACGGGCUUCUGGAAAAUGUCUGGACAAAAACGUCUUUCUUCUCAAAGUAAAAAGCAACCACCACGGAACGUCACUGGUUUGAUCUCCAGUGAACUCUCUGUCUGUGCAGCAGUUUUUUACAAAUAGGAUUUUCAAAAGAAAUAUGAUGCGGAUUAGGUUGAAUUUUUUUUGUGGCCAUUGGUGUGAAUGUAAGUGUGAAUGGUUGUCUUCAUACAUGGCCCAGUGUUGGACAGUUGGGACUGACUCCCUCUGCCCCGUGACCGUGGUCGUCCUGAGUCUUUCUGAAUCCUCCAACACUAAAGGCCUUGUUGGAAUUCUGAUCAUUAUUGGAAAUCCAAAAUGUGACGUUUCCAUUUUGGGCCUAAGAGCUCUGGUCCCAAAACUGUCUCUUCUUUUUACACCCAUCUUUGGACAAAUCAAUGGGUUGAAGACCAAUAGUUCCGGGUGGAUUCAAUUAUUAGUUUCACACUAUAAGCAGUCUAUAAAAGUGAACUAAAAAACAACCAGCCGACUACACACACCACAGGAAGUCGGCCGAGGUUUGACACUUUACGUGGAUGAGCGACUUGUCGCCAUGUAACCCUAACAUGUCAAGAUGUCGGGACAAUGAAUACAGUUGUGUGGGCCAAAUAUUGUGUUUGAGUGGGAAAACGUGGAACCUACAUAAGUAGGUCACAAAGUGGUACCACAUUUUGAUUAGACUAGAGCAGAGCCUUUUAAAUGUUUAGCCAGACAAUUUCAAAGGCAUUGGAAACACAGAAACAGAGAGUUAAGUGUGGGAUAAGAAUGUAAACAAACUUAGAUGAAAACUGAACGGAUGGAGGGAGAACGGUGAUGACUACUACUGCAUCCAAGUUUGGAUUUUCAUCGAUGUUCGACGUUGUUUUUGUCAUUGUUUUUUUAAAAGAAUUACAUAGAAAUAUUUGUUUUUGUAAUUUGAUAACCUCUUGAUAAAAAGUGAUAAUAUUACACCAACCACUGGGGGCAGCCUGGUCUGCAUUGACCACCAUGUGCACUUUGUCAGCAGUGCGCAGGGAUGUACGGUGUCACAGGUCUGAGAAGACACACCGACAUACUUCCCUCAGGGACGCUGCAUGUAAAUGAUGUCAAAUAAAGUAUCUGUACAGACCUGAGACAACGGGGACAACGCAGAAUGGGGGACAACAUGUCAAAAUGGGGGACCAAAUAAAAAAAGUCCAAAUGCCGGGGGGGGGUGGGCGUAGACACCUGCCUAAUACUUUUGCACAGUAGUGUUAAUGUAAACUCAAACAUAUUCUUCCCAUAUUCCUUCAUUUUAUUCCUGACAGUUUUUUAAAAAUUCUGUUUUUUUCCACCACCUUUCCAUCACUGCAGCCGUUCUUGACCAUUCGGUGACUCACCCUCUGAAUUUUAUUUCAGGAAAAGAUUAGAAAACAGGACUUUAUGACUCGUGGGAAAUAUGAAAUUUCUCUGAGGCAGCAAAUUUUACGCCUUCAUUAAGUUUUAUUCUAAAAAGACAUCAACUGCAAGCUGACCAGUGGAGAGAAGGAGAACACUGAUGUGAAAUGACCCAGAGCUGAUCAGAAAAAGUGCACAUUUCUGCCACUAGGGUUCUCCUGGCAGUGACUGAGGAGACUUGUACAGUAAUGCUAGCAUUUAGCUUCGUAACCUUCUGUUUUCUUCUGGUUUUGUUGCUUUUUUUCACACUGUAACUUAUGCAGCUGAUGGUGAAUAAAAAAGGGAGUCAGCAGACCUUGGUUUUGUAGCAGAGGAACUUGUGGAGAACGGCUGAGGCGGUUCCCGACAGAAGACGAGGCGACGUUCCCUCCGUGUGUCUGCUGAUGAUUUGCCUUAGUGUUCUCUGGUACUCCACCUGAAUACUCACUGUAAAAUGAAACCUGUACAGAUUGUAAUUUUUUUUCUUCAUUUCCUCUCGUCGUUUUUUUGGCUGUGUACUUGGAAAAUGACAUGCUAAUAUCCUGGAUCCUUGUAUAUGUGUACAUGUAAUUUGGAUUUCAAAUUAAAACGGUUUUGCAUG